UCUUGUGUUUGUGUCUCUUUGUUCUCUUCUCAUUUUUUCCCACUUAGAUUUCAUAUAUUUUGCUUAGCUUCUCACCCCACUUCUUCCUCUUUCAUGUGCCUUGUUCCACUUCAAUCUGCAACCUUACAAACAAUCUUAGGCUUACUCUUUCACUCUAUUUUUCUUGGCUCAUAAAAACAGGAUAUAUAUCUUUUAGACAUCCCAUUGUGUUAUUCUAUGUUCAAUCAACCAAGUGAAAACUCACUAUUCCAACUCUCUUGUCAUUUGUACACUUCCCUUUUGGAAUUAAACUAAAAUCCCACUUCAAGAUUUCAUUUAUUUCACUUGAAUAUCUCUUUAACUGCUUUAAGGUCCCCAAACCCCACUUGUAAAUUUCAUUGAGUUUGUUGUUGUUGUUGUCAGUUACUGUUAACAUCAUCAUCUAUACAAUUGAUCAUUUUUCGUUAUCCUUUUGGUCAAUGAAGGAGCCUGAAAUGGCAAUUCCUCCCUUAUUUAGGUGUCCAAUAAGUCUAGAUUUGUUUAAAGAUCCAGUCACUUUAUGCACAGGCCAAACAUAUGAUAGAUCCAGCAUUGAAAAAUGGCUAUCUUGUGGCAAUUCAACUUGUCCUGUUACAAUGCAGAAACUCAAUGACUCUUCUAUUGUACCAAACCACACCCUUCGCCAUUUGAUUCAUCAAUGGCUUCAAUUGAACUGCAGAAAUGGUUAUGAUCUUCAUUACUUUCAAACAGUUGAUGAUUCAAUUGUUGGUCUCAAACACAAUCUUCAGUCAAAGGAGUCUACAUUGGACACAAAAGUUCAAGCACUAGAGAAAGUUGUUGCUUUGUCAGAAGAUUUGCCUUUAGAAAACUCUUUCUUGAUUCAACUAGACUUCUUCCAAUUGAUUCUUGAAUUAGCAUUGGAAAAUGCAGUUGAUCAAAGUUCAAAUUUCCAAGAAAGUCUCAUAUUUUUGGAGAAAGCACUUGUUUGUGCAUUGAAAUUGUUGCCAUUUAGUGAUUUGGGAACUCUCAACAUGCUCAAAGAAGAUGAAUCCAAGUUUACAAACUUCUUGAUACUAUUCAAGAAAGGAACUUUUAUAAUCAAGAAAAGCUUGUGCCAUUUAAUAGUGGCAAUUUCAUCAUCUUUGCAGUCAAAGGAACUUUUAGCUAUGUUGGGUAAAUCCAAGAUUUUAAUUCAAGAACUUGUUCAUCUUAUUGAGAACAAAUUAGAUGGUUCUGAAGAAACAAUCAGAGCUCUUUCAGCAUUAUCUUCUCUCGAACAAAAUCGCGAAUUUAUAGUGAAGGAAAAUGCAGUUAAGGCACUCAUAACAUACAUUGUGAGUGCUCCAAAGUGCCAAUAUAGAAGCUUACUGGCACCAAUAUUGGCAAUGAAAACAAUUGAGACAUUGUUAGUUGUAGAAAAUGCAAAAGAAGAUGUUUUAAAGCAUCCAAAUGGUGUUAGUGCAAUUGUGAAGAUGGUAUUUAGAGUAUCAUCAGAUAAUGAAGGAAGUGAAAGUGCAGUGAAUUCUUUAAUUAUUGUGUGUCAUGAUUUCAUGCAUGCUAGGGAAGAAGCUAUCUAUAGUGGGGUUUUGACUCAGUUAUUGUUACUCCUUCAGAGCCAGUGUAGUGAGAGGACCAAAAAUAAGGCAAGAAUGUUGCUCAAGUUGUUGAGAUCCAUGUGCACUGGGGACCAAAAGCAAUCCUUGUAGAUUGCAUAUACAUUGAUUACAUGAUUUCUCAGUUGAUGUGGCUCUUUGUCUUUGUCUUUGUUAUUAAAAUUGUAUCUAAAAACCAUAUACUGAGUUUUUUGUAUAACCAUAAAAAGAAGCAUAGAAUAUAAAUGGAGUUUGUAGUAUGCACCAGAUGAAUGGAUGUAGACAAUUCAAGAUUAACUUUUUAAAAGGCCACCUUUUGAGAAUAAAAGAUGCAAGA